CCCGCGGACCCCCAGAGCAGCCCCCCGGCAGAGCUGCAGGACGGCAGGAAGAAGAAGAAAAAGAAGAAAAGGGAACCGUCGGUGGAUGGAACUGAUGUGGAGGGGCUGCGGAGCCAGGAGGCGAAUGGGGGAGAGGAGGUGGGAGAGGAGGAGAGAGAGGAGAAAGAGGAGAGGAGAAAGAAGAAGAAAAAGAGGAGGAAGGAGAAGGUGGAGGAGGUGGUUGAGAUGGAGGCACCUCCAGAGGACACCGGUGGGCCAGGGGAGGCUGAGCACCAGCCUGGAGUGGGGAGGAAGAAGAAGAAGAAGAGGCGGAGGGAGGCAGAAUGAAUGCAGCCACCUGGCCGGGGGAUCCGAAACCCCCUGUGGUGCCUGGGGUGCUCAGAGGGGCCUGGGGAGCUGUGUGCCCCACGGAACCUGCCUGCAGCUCGCACCCAGCCCUGAGGAUGGGACCAGUUUGCCGUCAGCCCACGGUGGAGCGGUUGAAGCCAGAGCGACGGAGGGCAGAGCCUGCGCAGUACCGGGGUCUUCAAAGGUUUUUGUGUGUUUUCCAAUACAUUUUUAUUGCACCAAACAA